AAUUUGUUUUUAGCCGCCGCAUGCGUGGACAUUUGUGUUCCAAAUUGGUUCAGAUUUGUGAAGUGCUGGGAAAAUGCCGACCAUAGGUGUGAAACGAGAUCUGCUCUUCGAGCAACUUGGCCAGAAAUAUACUGACGAUGAGUUCCAGCAGUUGUGCUUUGCUUUCGGUCUCGAGCUGGAUGAAGUGACAACGGAAAAACAAAUGCUAACCAAGGAACAAGGUGAUGUAGCUGCAGUUGCCGAUGCCUCUGAAGAGAUUAUUUACAGAAUAGACAUUCCAGCAAAUCGUUAUGACUUGCUGUGUAUUGAAGGCUUAGUCACCUCUUUGCUCGUGUUCCAGGGCAAAAUAAAGCCGCCCAAAUUUAUUAAGGUGGAACCAGCAAAACGGCAAGUUCUUAAAAUUCUACCCGAAACUGCGCAAAUUCGUCCAUUUGCUGUGGCGGCCGUUUUAAGGAACAUAACCUUCAACAAAAAUGCGUAUGACAGUUUCAUUGAACUUCAAGAUAAAUUGCACCAGAAUCUUUGUCGCAAACGUUCUCUAGUCGCAAUCGGUACUCAUGACUUAGAUACCGUACAAGGCCCAUUUACUUAUGAAGCUCGUACGCCGGAGAAUAUAGAAUUUAUACCAUUGAACCAAACCAAGAAAAUGAAUGGACAUGAACUGAUGGAUUUUUACACCAAUCAUGCACAAUUGAAACAAUACCUACCAAUUAUACGCGAUUCUCCGGUGUAUCCUAUUAUUUAUGAUGCUAACGGUGUAGUAUUAUCAUUGCCACCAAUCAUCAAUAGCAAUCAUUCAAAGAUCACGUUACAAACGCGCAACGUUUUCAUCGAAUGCACCGCAACUGAUCUGACCAAAGCAAAAAUUGUGCUGGACACCUUAGUAUGCAUGUUUUCAGUGCAUUGUGAUGAGAAGUUCACCGUCGAACCAUGUGACGUUCAACAACCCGAUGGUACUGUAGUUACUUAUCCUCAAUUGGAAGUGCGUAAAACCGUGAUAUCGGCGGAAAAGGCAAACGCUUACAUUGGUAUACAAGAGGAGCCAGCGAAAAUUGCUGACAUGCUUACACGCAUGUACCUCGAGUCAACAGUUGAGCAAGGAGGCUGCAACAUCACCGUGCAAGUGCCACCCACAAGACACGAUGUCAUGCACGCUUGUGAUAUUUACGAGGAUGUGGCCAUUGCUUAUGGCUAUAAUAACAUUAAAAAAUCAUUGCCGGCCUUCAUGCAUAUCGCCAAACAAUUUCCACUUAACAAAUUGACCGAGCAAUUGCGUGAGCAAGUGGCACAGGCAGGUUUCACUGAAGCCAUUACUUUUACGCUCUGCUCACGUGAUGACAUCGCACGUAAAUUAAACAAAUCCAUUGAUAGCAUAGCGGCCGUGCAUAUUGCCAACCCGAAAACUUUGGAAUUCCAAGUUGUGCGCACCACCUUACUGCCAGGCUUACUGAAAACGCUCGUGGCUAAUCGUAAAAUGCCGCUGCCAUUAAAACUCUUCGAGAUCACCGAUGUGGUGGUGGCUGAUGAUGAUACUGAAGUUGGUGCGCGCAAUGAGCGUCGCCUCUGUGCCGUCAACUGUAACAAAACAGCCGGAUUUGAGGUGGUGCAUGGAUUGCUGGAUCGCGUUAUGCAACUGUUGGAUGUGCCAUGGAAGUCGGGCAAUCAAAAACAUGGCUACUAUCUGCAAGCAACUGAUGAUCCCGCCUAUUUCCCCGGACGUUGCGCCAGCAUUUUGCUAAACGGUGUAACCAUUGGUCGCAUUGGCGUGCUGCAUCCCACGGUGCUGCAGGCUUUUGAAUUGACCACACCCUGCUCGGCAGUGGAGUUCAAUAUUGAACCGUUCGUAUGACAGCGUUACCCAGAAAUGUUGAAACCUUCGGUAAAAUAAAUAUGCUGCAAGCGCUUUUGACACGGUAUUAUGUAAUGGACUUUAAUGAAUGAAUAAACCAACGCAUUGCCAAGCGUAUUUAUGAGAGCAAACAUA